CCUUGCAUUUCCGGCAGUGUCCAAGGCCCCAGUUUUCGGGUGCCUUCUUACUCAACCAAUCAAGGGGACAAAUUUGAGCUCCCAAUUCAUAUUAAAAUCGUCACCGCCCGUCGAAAAAGUGGGAGAACCGAGGAAAAAAAAAGCAAGAGGAGUGGCGGAAACGUUGGAUAAAAGAAGAAGAAAUGGGAAAGCAGGGCUCGCUACAGAGGUAGACGGGGAUAUAGGAUUUCCAAGAAGAGAGUAACGUAUAAGGGGAUCUAAUAAUAAUCUCGGUGGGGAACAGUAGUGGUGAUGGGGAUCUCCAUCCCGGUGGUAGCUGCGAUCUUGUUCCUCGACGUCUUCGCCUUCGUUCUCGCCGUGGGAGCAGAGAUGAGGAGGAGCACGGGGAGGGUGGUGCCAGACGAGUAUGAUGAGCGGACGUACUGCCAGUACGAUUCGGACGCGUCGACGGCGUACGGGGUGGGGGCGUUCGGGAUGCUACUGGUGAGCCAGGCGGUGGUGAGCGCUGUCACCCGCUGCCUCUUCUUCGGCCGGGGGCUCGCCGCCGGUGGGCGCAGGACCUGCGCCGUUGCUUCCUUCGUUCUCUCCUGGUUAAGUUUUGUGGUGGCGGAAGCAUGCCUCUUGGCAGGGUCAGCUAGGAACGCAUACCACACAAAGUAUCUGGGCUACUAUAUGAAGCGGGACUUGUUAUCAUGUGCAGCAUUGCGGAAAGGGGUCUUUGCAGCGGCAGCUGCAUUGGUUCUGGUUUCAAUGGUGGCGUCGCUUAUAUUUUAUUGGAGCUACUCCAAGGCUGACACUGGAGGGUGGGUGAGGCACCAAAAUGAAGGUGGCAUAGGAAUGGCAGAGUAUGGUCCAGAAAAAGGCGAGUUUGGAGUGCCCAAGACUUAAAAGAGGUUCUUGUUGUAUCAUUCUGUUUUCUUAUAUCUAUACGAGAGCUUCUUUUGCUGUUAAAAUUAUGAAGGUAAUGCUGGUAAAAAUAUGGUGAUCAACCAAGAGGACAACCCUGGAAACAAUCUCAUGCAGUAAAAUAUCUUUCUGAGGAUUGUGUAGUUCUUAUGAAAGAAUGAUUGCAGUUGGCAACUACUAAUUGCAUCUGGAGCACUGUCUUGCCAGUUUUACGUGAAAUCCUUCCA